CAUACGUCAGCUACCACGUUCCCAGUGACGUAGAAAACACCAGGAAGUAACACAGGCGGCUAAGUGGCUAGCUCGGGGCUAGCAUGUAGAAAUGAAAUCAAAUCUGGAAAAAGACUGACUUUCCACCCACGCACUGAUCAAGUACAGAGACACUCAAGAAGCAUACCAUGGGUCAGCGCCGGAGAGUGGCAGCAGGGAAUAACCCUUCAUCUCAGAGAAACUCUGGAGUUUCUGCACAGGCUGCCAGGGUCCACAGCAGGAAGCACAACAUCUGCAUGGUGUCUGACUUUUUCUAUCCAAACAUGGGAGGAGUAGAAAGUCACAUUUACCAACUCUCCCAGUGCCUGAUUGAAAAGGGGCACAAGGUGGUAAUUGUCACUCACGCCUACGGCAGGAGGAAGGGUGUCCGGUACCUGACCAAUGGCCUGAAGGUAUACUACCUGCCCCUGCAAGUGAUGUACAACCAGUCCACAGCCACCACCUGCUUCCACAGUCUCCCGCUGAUGCGCUGUGUGUUUGUCAGGGAGCGCAUCACCGUCGUGCAUGCACACAGCUCCUUUUCUGCCAUGGCCCAUGAUGCAUUGUUCCACGCUAAGACCAUGGGUCUUAACACAGUUUUCACUGACCACUCGCUCUUUGGCUUUGCUGACCUCAGCUCUGUCCUGACCAACAAGCUCCUGACUGUGUCGCUGUGUGACACCAACCAUAUUGUGUGUGUGUCCUACACAAGUAAGGAGAACACAGUUCUACGCGCAGCACUCGACCCAGAGAUAGUGUCCGUUAUUCCCAACGCUGUCGAUCCUACAGACUUCACACCAGACCCCUCCCAGCGACAAGAUGACAGGAUCACAAUUGUUGUCAUCAGCCGUCUCGUCUAUCGGAAAGGAAUUGAUCUUCUUGGUGGAAUUAUCCCGGAGCUUUGUCUCAAACAUCCUUACCUCCACUUCCUGAUUGGCGGAGAGGGACCAAAGAGAAUUGUUCUGGAGGAAGUGAGGGAGAAAUACCAACUACAUGACAGGGUACGUCUGCUGGGCGCUCUGGAGCACAAAGAUGUGCGUGGGGUUUUGGUUCAAGGCCACAUCUUCCUCAACACGUCGCUCACUGAAGCGUUCUGCAUGGCCAUUGUGGAAGGAGCCAGCUGUGGACUGCAGGUGGUUAGCACUCGUGUGGGAGGCAUUCCAGAGGUGUUACCUGAGGGUUUGAUUACCCUGUGUGAACCCACCGUCCGUUCAUUGUGCGCCGGUCUGGAAGCGGUCAUCGCUCGGCAACGAUCGGGCAACGUCCCGUCGCCUGCUUCCAAUCACGUGCGUGUGCGAAACCUCUACACCUGGAGGAAUGUUGCGGAGAGGACCGAGAAAGUGUACGACAGGGUGGUCGGAGAGGAAGUUCUUCCCCUGGACAGACGGUUACGGAGGCUGAGGGCUCACUGCGGCCCCGUCGCUGGCUCCAUCUUUGCGUUUGUGGCCGUGCUGGACUUCCUCUUCCUGCUGCUCCUGCAGUGGCUGAUGCCUGAUGGGGUCAUGGAUCUCGCCGUCGACGCCACAGGCCCUCAGCGACAGUGGAGACAGGAAAAGAGCCAUAAAAAUGAGGCUUACUCCUGAUGUGCCACAGAGAGCAACAGAAACAGAAAGUUGAUGACAGUGACCUCUCAGCACCUCUGCCUCUCUUCAAACUGCGUAUAUAAGUUUCCUAUGUGAUCUUCAUGGUGCGGGCUAACAUUUUGUUUACAUUUACUCACCAAAAGGGAGUUGGUGGAAGAGACUUUUUUUAAAUAACUGGAAUUUGUUGCACACCUUGAGAAUUUAUAAGCACUUUUUGAAAAUGUAAAGAUGACAUUGAACAGAGAGGGUAAAGGGCUGGCUGCUUGUAAGCUCACAGGGAAACAAAGCUACUGUAACUUAUCGAGAGACCUCAAAGUUUGUUUUUUAAAUAAAAUCCACUGUUUUGUGAAGCGUGUCAGAGCAUGUUUGUUUAUCAUGAAUGCCGUAGUGCAGCGGUGUACACGCUCCUACCUACUGCGGUACCUUUGUGAAUGAGGAAGCGUCUAAAAGUAGCUUUCAUGAUUGACACUCCUUUGAAACCUGCGAGCUUUUUUUUUCUUUUUUUUUCUUUUCUUCAAAUGAUAAGUAAACUUUCAGAAAACCCAACGUGGGAACCAAAGUGUACUUUCUAAUAUAUAUGGUAUGUGCUAUGUUCUCACAUGUAAUUUUUGCAGAUCCUGGAGAGGCAUCAAACAAAUAUUUGUUUUGUAGAUGAAU